ACAAAACUAGAGAGAUCUGCGAAUUGAAUUAUCAAUGGCGGCGGCCCUUCAAUUUGCUGCGAGAAAGUUAUGCGGCUGUGCCCUUCAGCGGCCACCGCAGCCGUAUCUUACGGCGGUCGCCGAAGCUACGAUCAAGGAGGAACGGCGCCAUGGGGGGAGCACUCUUCGCAGGUUCUCCACCGAAUCUCAAAAUGUUGUGAAGAAUAACAAGCUUGGUGCCAUGUCCGAGGCAAAUCCUGCGGCGGCUUCUCCACCAAUCAAUAAUGCACAAGCCACAUCUCCUCCACCAAUAUGGUCUCCUAGGAACAAAAUGUUCUUACCCCUUGCUGCUGGGUACAUAACGGCCUUAUGUGCAGGAAUCUCUAGAAUACUUUACUAUUGUACCCAUGAAGAGCGGGGCCCUUUUUUCGAAACCCCAAAGAAGCAGAGUCAUUAACAUUCAGAUUUGUCCUAUGCUUCGGAGAAAGCAGAAUAAUUGGACUUGUGGAUGUAUAUGAUUUAGUUGUACUUAGCUUCAUUGCCUGUUUUUUGUUAGUACUCUGACUGUGUUGAACAAUGGUCAUGGUACUUGAGCUUCUUCUGUCUGUUUUUUUUCUUAU